AGUUGUGAAAACAUUCAGGCUUGUACCAACGAAUGGCAAGUAGUAUUGCCAUCACACAAGUGUCAGUGUAUGGGAUCUGAAGGAAUAGAUAUGGGGAAGAGAGCAGAAACGAGAAGUGAAGGAGAUGGCACCGAUCCACAAGCAUCGCCCAACCAGCGGCCAAACACGUGCUGCUUCUGCUGGUGCUGCUGCUGCAGUUGUUCCUGUCUCUCUGCCAGGAAAGAAGAGCGUGAGGAGACAGCAGGAAGACCCACUGAAGAAACAAAGAUGGAGAGCACUGAUGUAAAUGUUGAAGAAUGUGGAAGAGGUACCAGUCAAGAGAUCACAUCCUGGACACAGGGUUUUGACAAGGUGAUGAGGACUGAAGCUGGCAGGAACAUUUUCCGUGAGUUCCUGAGGUCAGAGUACAGCGAGGAGAACAUGCUCUUUUGGCUGGCAUGUGAAGAUUUCAAAAAGGAAAAGAACUCAAAGGCAGUUGCAGAAAGAGCAAGGACAAUAUAUGAAGACUACAUUUCAAUACUGUCUCCAAGAGAGGUGAGUCUUGACUCUCGUGUGCGAGAAAUAGUCAACAGGAACUUGCUGAAUCCAUGCCCUCUUAUGUUUGAGGAUGCUCAGCUACAGAUAUACAGCCUCAUGCACAGGGACUCCUUCCCCAGGUUCUUGAACUCUGAGAUGUACAAGUCACUAAUUGAAAAGCCUAAGACUUCCCCUGACACCAGCCCUGAUGCUGAAAGCUAAGCUCGGACCUCCUGAAAGCACAAGGAAAAGGAACAGUGGCACUUGGAAACAGUUGUACACUCACACCUGUAUUGCACACUCCUAUAUUUGCACAACUUCCAUCACAUACAUAACAUGCUUACAUUACAAACAUUAGAUGUGUACAUUUAUAUAGUCACAUUAACAUGAGAGCAAAUAUACACAGUUAUACACGUAAACACAUGCAUAGUUAUUCAACAACAUACCUGCAUGCAUUCAUGAAAGCACAGUUACUCCAGCAUAUAAGUAUACAUUCCCAAACAUUUAAACCUACAGUUGCUGCCACCUUGUAUUAAGACAUUAUCCACUUGUGUACACAUACCAAUACAUGCACACAUACAUACACAGACACACAUACACAGACACACACGUGCAGAAAUAAUAAUGAUUAAAGCAGUGUAAAGCUCUGUAGCUUGCUUGCUGGAGAUCCCUGUUUAGCUUUACUCAGGCUGUGGUGACUAACUGAAUAUGGAGUUCACCUUUAAAAGAAAUAUAUACAUAUAAAAUGAUCGGAAUAAAGGUUUUGUUCACUGCCUCGGUUACAAACACAAACAAAAGCCAAGAAUGUUUGUUCAUGUUUUUUUAAGAAAAGAUGUUUUGCUAUUUGCUGAGACUUGAUUCUUGUUCCCUGUAGCAGCAACAUGCCAAGUUGGUCGCUGGUAGAAUAGGUGACAAAAUGCCUGCAAUAUCCCCAAACAUUGAUCGGAGCGAGUGAACACUGCCAUGGUGGGGAGUUGGGAGGGGUGUAUGGAGUUAGGGAGGGGGGUAAGCAAGUGGCCCCAAAGAACAUUUGCCUGCUCAGAGUGCAGAAGAUGUAGCAGUGUGACACUGUCUCCUGAGGCAGCUGCAGGCAAGAUUAGAAAUGUUAGUCUCUCUUUCCUUACAGCAGGAUACUGAUGGCAGGAUUUCAUAAAAUUUAAUAAGCACAAAAAAUUAAAGGGUACAACUUUAUUAGGGAGAAUGAGAUUCAAGUUUCCAGUGUCAGUAAUUCUGAUCGUUUUGAGAGAUAGAGAACCAUAUUUAUUUAUCUCGAUAGAAACUGCAAUUAUUUAAUAUGUGUGUGCAUGUGUGAGUAAAAGCUCGGGGAUCUCUGUUACCUUUUUUUUGUGGUCAGUGAAUGUUUCAUUCCUCUGAUUUAACUCUAUCUGUCUCCCUAACACGGCCAGAAAUCUGUUUUGUUUCAUUGUGAAACGUGACUUCGCUUGUGGCAGCUGACAGGUGUAGAUAGGGUGGGACUUGUAGCUUCAGAUCCUCAGAAACUAUAGCAGGGGUCUCCAAACCAAAGCAGAGUCUCCCGAUAAAGUGGGGCCAUAUCUUUAGCAAGAUCCAGUAAGGGCAGGGGGAGGUAGGUUAAGCUACACUGUGCAAUUUCAGUGAUUUAUAGUGAGCAUAAUUGGAAGGGAAAUUUGCCCAGUCUACACCAUUCUGCUCAGGAUAUGUGCUGCAUUAAAAUCCUACCCGUAUUUAAAAUGGGUCGCUGAGAGAUGCUACAGGAUGAUGUAUUAAAUUGCUAGCUGAGGUUUCUAGGUUAAGCUGUGUUUUUUGCUUGUUCAUUUCUUAAAAUCGUUGUAUGUAAUUUUCACACUUUAUAAUUAAAAAAAUACAGUUCA